AAAAAAGAUGGCUCGAACUAAACAAACUGCUCGUAAAUCUACCGGUGGUAAAGCACCUCGUAAACAACUCGCUACUAAAGCUGCUAGAAAAUCCGCACCCACCACAGGCGGUGUAAAGAAGCCUCAUCGUUAUAAGCCUGGUACUGUUGCUCUUCGUGAAAUUCGUCGUUACCAAAAAUCCACUGAGCUCUUGAUUCGUAAGCUUCCUUUCCAACGUCUUGUACGAGAAAUUGCUCAAGAUUUCAAGACCGACUUGCGAUUCCAAUCUUCUGCUAUUGGUGCUCUACAAGAAGCUGCCGAGGCUUAUCUUGUUUCACUCUUUGAAGAUACCAACCUCGCUGCUAUUCAUGCUAAACGAGUUACGAUUCAACCCAAAGAUAUUCAAUUAGCUCGUCGUCUUCGUGGUGAACGAUCCUAA